ACAAGCUCGCAGCAAUCAGCAAUGACACAAAACUAGACCUUGAGUUAACCCUUCUUAGCUUUUUCUCUCUUAAUGACGAGGAGGGGUCGGUGUGUGACACAUCGCUGCGGUAUCCAUCCCACGGUGUGAGCAGAGAUGGCAGAUUGCAGGCACGCGCUGCUGCAGCUCGGGCAUCUGGAAACGGCUUCGAUACAGAAUGAUGAAAUCUCCCACCAAGUGACACGCCAAAGAUGGCUGCUGUUUUGAGGAGAGCCCCGGCAGCAGGCACUACCCUUUUAACGCAGACUGCUGCGUCUGUUGCUAGGCUACAAACAGGAUGUACAUUUAUAAGCAAAAAAGUGUCUUGCAGUGUUGCCACAAUUUGCCUUCUCCAGCGCUCAAUUUGUUCUUGUGAUUGCAGAAGGAAGAAGCGUAGUGUAAAGAUAUUUUUUUUUUAAUUAUUUUUUGUAAUCUAAAUAGGUAUUUACUGGAUGGAAAGGCUUUGGGGGAAGGAACGCUUUGCAAGUGUGUUUGUUAGCAUUUGGUGCGUGUUGCAUCAUACUUCUCUCAGUGCUGCUUCUGUCAAACUGCGAUAGCAAGCACAGUGCAAAUAGAGGAAUACCACUGCUUAAUGAUCCUGCUAAGUCUGAGAGCUGCUGUUUUGCCAUCACAUAGAAGUGCUUUCCAACUGUCCUGGCUUGAUUGACAUCCCUGGAGAAUGCAUUCAUUGUGUUCUUUCCUUUGCCAGAACAAUUGAAAUAUGAGUAUAGCUGGGUUUGCAUUUUUGCUGUUUUGCUGUUGCUUUACCAGAGUAUUGUAAUUUUAAAGUAGAAUGGGUCACCUUUUACUGAUCAGGAGGAAGUAUGUUUCCUGUUCUUCUUUUUUCUCCUAAACCAACUAGCCACUGUUCUCAUGGCGUUCCUCAUGGAAAACAAAAAUACUGGGUUUGUUUGGGCAAAAAAGGCCUAAAAAGGGCCAGUAUGUUAUUGGAGGAAUAAAAGUGCCUAACAGAAUCUUUCUGUAGUUUCUAUCAAAGCACCAUGAGAGGUGCUUCAGGAGAACUGAGCUCUGCAGUAACAAGCAAGUGGCCGUGGUUGCUUUGAUUUAUAAAUGAGGCAGAGGAAGAAGAGAGCUGUUCCUCUCCCCAUUUUGUAGCAGUUGGUUCUUUUCUGAGCCUAAGGCUUUUUCCAGCCUACAUCUCUUGUUUCCCAGAACAGGACAUUUUCACAGCCAGCUGCUGGGGGAGUGCUUUGAAGGACGGAGAUCGAGGAGCCUAAAAGUGUUGCACCUUGUCUCUCUCUCUCUCUCUCUCUCUCUCCCCAUGAAUCUGCACCUCAAAUGAUUUCAGCAGCACGUGGCUCCAACUUUAGAGCUAUUCUGUAAUAGGAUUCUGAUACGUGGGUACUGCUGAUACUUUCUGUUUUUAAUCGGUUUUCAUAGAGGGAAAGAAAAGUGAUUUUGUUCUCCUUUUUCUGAAAAAAGAACACUUAGCUCCUAGCAGAUUUUGUGAAUCGUGAUGUGACCCAAAUGCCUGAAGUUUAAGUCCUGGUAAAGGGUACCAUGAAAGUUCCAUCUUUCAUUCAGCAUUUGUGUUGGCUAGUUUAUUCCCUUCUUCUACGAAGGCUACUUUGAGUUCUGUGAGUAUCACGUGUCCAAUGAUGUAUAAGUAAUGUUAUAAAUGAUUUGGUCUGAGGAGCUGAGAUGUGAGGUGUUGCAAUGUUCAUUAUCACACCUGCACUGCUUUAGACACAGCCUUCUAUUCUCUUGGCCAGCUGUUGUCCUCCCCAGCUCGGUGUUUGCUUGCUUUCUGGGUCUGCAUGCAAGGGAGGUGAAAGGCCGCUCUCAUUUACAGAGUCCACUAAAAUAAGGGAAGGUACUGGAGCUGAUAAUCUGGACUCUGUCCCCCAUAAAACUAAAAAGGAACAGCAAAUUCUGUAUAGUGAAGCAGUAUCCUAUCCAAACUGAGAACAUUUGCCAAAGGAUCCCCACUCAAGAAAAUCCAGGCCUUUGUAUCUGUUCAGGAAAGCCUAUUUCUGGAGUUUUUGAAGAUGUCAGCGGAUCUACCGUUAAAUAUUAAUAUCAAGGAGCCCCGAUGGGAUCAAAGCACUUUCAUUGGGCGAGCCAGUCACUUCUUCACUGUAACAGACCCCCGGAAUAUUUUGUUAUCUGAUGCCCAGCUGGAAAGCGCAAGAAAAAUCGUGCAUGAUUACAGACAAGGUAUUGUAGCACCUGGAUUGACUGAAAAUGAACUCUGGAGAGCAAAGUAUAUCUAUGAUUCAGCCUUUCAUCCAGACACUGGUGAAAAGAUGGUCUUGAUUGGCCGAAUGUCAGCUCAGGUACCCAUGAACAUGACUAUCACAGGUUGUAUGAUGACCUUUUAUAGAACGACACCAGCAGUGGUUUUCUGGCAGUGGAUUAACCAGUCCUUCAAUGCUAUAGUAAAUUACACAAACAGGAGCGGUGAUGCCCCAAUUACUGUCAGCCAGCUGGGAACAGCCUAUGUUUCUGCUACCACAGGUGCUGUUGCGACAGCUUUAGGACUUAAUGCACUAACAAAGCAUGUCUCACCUCUUAUAGGACGGUUUGUUCCUUUUGCUGCUGUUGCUGCUGCUAACUGCAUUAAUAUUCCACUAAUGAGACAAAGGGAACUCAAGUUUGGAAUCCCCAUCACAGAUGAGAAUGGAAACAGACUGGGUGAAUCAACAAAAGCAGCUCAGCAGGCCAUUACUCAGGUGGUUAUAUCAAGGAUCCUCAUGGCUGCUCCUGGCAUGGCAAUUCCUCCCUUCAUAAUGAACACACUGGAAAAGAGAGCCUUUUUAAAGAGAUUUCCAUGGAUGAGUGCUCCUAUUCAAGUUGGAUUAGUCGGAUUCUGCCUUGUGUUUGCAACUCCUCUGUGUUGUGCACUGUUUCCUCAAAAAAGUUCUAUGUCUGUAACACGCUUGGAGCCAGACUUACAAGCAAAGAUCCAGGAGAACAGCCCUGAACUAGAACGUGUAUACUUUAAUAAAGGAUUAUAAUUGAA